AUGCUGUCUCUUCGUGCUUCAUCUGCGGCAGCCGUAGCCGCGCUGGCCGUGACGGCCGCGGCCGGCUCGCUCACGGACAUCAAGCACAUUGUGCUGUUCAUGCAGGAGAACCGGGCCUUUGACCAUUAUUUCGGCACCAUGGCCGGCGUGCGCGGCUUUGCUGACCCGAACGUGCACGUCAAUCCGGACGGGCACUCCAUCUUUGAGCAGCUGGUCUCGUCGUCGCUCACGAAUGCGUCGGACGUGCUGAAGCCGUGGUACCUCAACUAUCUGGGCGGCAGCUGGGUCAACGCGACGCAGUGCAUGACGGCCGGCAGCAACAGCUGGCAGGCGAUGCACGGCGUGUACAACGACGGCCUGGUCAACCACUGGGCCGAGGACGAUACGCCGUACAGCUGGGGGCACUUUACGCGCGACGAGGUGCCGACGCAUUUUGACAUUGCCGAGGGCUGGACGGAGAGCAUCCUGGCGGCGACCGAUCCCAACCGGAUCCACUGGCUGAGCAACUCGGUCAACACGCCGGGCACGCCGAGCAACCCCGACGGUGCGGGCGGCAUGAUCCUGGACAACACGGCGACGCCCGGCUGCGAGGCGGCGCACUUCAACUGCUAUCCGUUCACGUGGAAGACGUUUCCCGAGUACCUCGAGGCGGCCGGGGUCUCCUGGCAGGUGUUUCAGGACGUCGACAACUUUGAGGACAACCCGCUGGCCUACUUUGUGCAGUACCAGAACGCGACGAACGGGUCGGCGCUCCGGACCAAGGGUGACAGCUACGAGCACACGCUCGACGUGUUCUACGCGCGCGCCCGCAACGGCACGCUGCCGCAGGUCAGCUGGAUCAUCGGGCCGGCUGAGCUGUCGGAGCAUCCGCCCUAUCUGCCGAGCGACGGCGCCUGGCUGCAGAAGCAGGUCGUCGAUGCGGUGACCCAGGGAGCGGCCUACGAGUCGACCGCGCUCUUUAUCACGUAUGAUGAAAUCGGUGGCUGGGGUGACCAUGUCCUCCCCAUCGUCCCGCCCAACGGCACUGCCGGUGAGUGGAUCGAUGAUCCUUACGGCACCUACGGCUGGGUCCCCGUUGGCCCCGGCUACCGCGUGCCGUCCUACAUCAUCUCGCCCUGGACCCGUGGCGGCAAUGUCUUUGUCGAGCACGCCGACCACAGCUCCGAGACCAUGUUUGUCGAGCAAUGGGCCGCUGCCAACGGCUACGAGGGCGUCUACAGCGAGGAGCUGACACCAUGGCGUCGUGCCCACAUGUCGAAUCUCGUGGCUGCCUUUGACUUUGAGCAUCCCGACUACUCCCUUCCGUCCAUCACGGCUGCACCAACCCCUCUGAUGGACACCGACGCCGCCGACGACGACUACUCGGGUGAUGUGGCCACGCUCGGCUCGCUCACGGGACCGUACGUCGGCCUUGCUGCCUGCCUCUCGGCACACGCCGUCGUCCAGCCGCCGGUGCCGUACGGCAGCGCCAACGUGGCCCAGAAUCUGUCGCGCCUCGUCGAAGACGGCUUCAAGCGCGUCCGCGGUGGCCUCACCGAAGGCCGCUACCUCACCCUCGAGAUGGACGGCCACGCCCUCGCCAACGUUGACGGCCAGCGCAUCCAGGCUGCCGUCGCCUCGGCCGACCAUCGUGAUGUUCGCCAGCGCUGGAUCCUUCAUGUCCAGGAGGACGAACAGACCCUCGACCGUCCGCCCAACCGGUUCACCCUCCAGUCCGCUCUCGACGGCACCUACAUCUCCAGCUGCCUCGGCCGCCUGACCGCCAACGCCACCGCCGCUCAGCCGCUGGUCUUCUCCUACCACGCUGCCACUGCCGGCUUCAGCCUCGCCCUCGGGACCGAUGCCAACAAGACCCACGCAAAAUUGACGAGCUCUGGCUCUGUCCGGUGGGACGGCGAGGCCACCGACCACUUCGCCAUCUACAGCGUCACGUACAAGGACUAG